CCAAGAUUCAAAUCAAAUCCUCCCAGCAGCAGCAGAACCAAAUCUCUCUCGCUUCCAAUUCCCGAAUCCUCUCACGGUCAGAAGAAGGAGAUGGACGGAGCCGGCGGCAAGGCGAAGAAGGGAGCCGUCGGGAAGAAGCUCGGCGGGCCGAGGAAGAAGUCCGUGACGCGGUCCGUCAAGGCCGGGCUCCAGUUCCCCGUCGGCCGCAUCGGCCGGUUCCUCAAGAAGGGCCGCUACGCCCAGCGCGUCGGCUCCGGCGCCCCCGUCUACCUCGCCGCCGUCCUCGAGUACCUCGCCGCCGAGGUGCUCGAGCUUGCCGGGAACGCGGCGAGGGACAACAAGAAGACGAGGAUCAUCCCGCGCCACGUGCUGCUGGCGAUCCGCAACGACGAGGAGCUCGGGAGGCUACUGGGCGGUGUCACCAUCGCGCACGGCGGCGUGCUGCCCAACAUCAACCCGCUGCUGCUGCCCAAGAAGGCGGCCGAGAAGGCCGGCACCGAGAAGGUGGCCGCCAAGUCCCCCAAGAAGCCCGCCGGCAAGUCGCCCAAGAAGGCCGCCGCCAAGGCGUAGCAGAUCUGAUCUCAUCGUCUCCCUGUAUGUAGUUUAGUUCUUUGAUUUGUAGUUGUAGGGCCCGUGUGUGUGUGUGAGUGAGUGAGUGAGGUUUGAUCUCUUCUUGUGCUUUGCCCUCCAAUUUAAUCGCCAAAAGGAAGCCGCUUGCUUCCUGUUUUAUGAUAUAUGCAAUUGCAGCACUUCUCAUCGUGUGCUGAUGUUUCAAGGGUCUUUUUGAAGUUCAGAUUUGAAAUACAGUUGAUGCACCAAGAUUAAA